AUGGCGGAACCAUCAAGCCCCCCAAAGAGGCCGAGGCUAUCUCUCCAGAUCAAGGCCAUCUCCCAAGGACCCAGUACGAGGAACUCGCGAGUCCUCGCCGCUGCCGUGAAUCCUACCUCGCCCACCGCCUUCAACACCCUCUCCAAUGUCUACGUGACAGCCAUUGACCGUUCGACCCCCGUCUAUGCGGACCCGCCAACGGCUAUCAAUACUAAGGGACAACCGCAACUUCAAUUAUGGACCCAUGGCUUCGCCAAGGAGCGAGAAACGCCAAAGGCGUUUGGCAUCACGAUCCCGGAAACCCCGUUGACUGCACAACCUUUGUCUCCAGCCGUUGCGAUGGAAAUAAAUUUCCCCAGUACAAUGACGGCCACACCGCCGCUCUCUGCCGGGCCCGAGGCCCACGGUCCCAAAGGAGCCUUUCCUUUCUCGUCUUCAGAUACUCCAAAGCCGCCGUCGAACCAUGAACAGCUUCUCAGCCCGCGUGGCAGUCAUCGUCGUCCAAACAUCCCACCGACGUCUGGUCAGCUUGGUAGCCUCCCGUACCAGCGGACUCGAUCCCUCCAUAGCAUUCUGCGCAAUUCGCCGCUCCCGCCGCGGAGUGCACAGUCCCCCAUCUCUCCCCGCAGACAAUCUUUGCGGCUGAAGGAAAAGGCGGCAAGGAGGGUCGGGUACAACGACCCCUUGACACAGACCAUCAUCACCAACAAGUACACGCGGUCCCAUGUUGACUUGUUGUGCGAUGACGCGUCACCCUACUCUCCAGAGAACGCCCAGGAGAACCAGGAAAUGGUUUUGGAUCUGGCGAUGGCCUACUCGGGCAACGAGACUCGCGACGGUGGGCAGACCCCUGGUCCGUUUGAAGAAAUGCGCCGCCGCAUGGCUGGCCUCGGCACAUCGUCACCGGUAUCCCCAUCGGGAGGUAUUCGCAAGAGGAAGAAAAAGGAGAAGAAGAGGAGAUGGGUGUGGACGAUCGGUCAAGAGGAAGGGGAAGAGGAAGCGAAUGGGGACCUAUCCUCGCUCAAAGAAGUCGGCUCCGGAGCCACCACGACGGCGACUCCUUCCCUCUCCGGUGUGCCCAUCCUCGCGACUCCGCGACUCCCAAAGAAAGGAAGACAGGCGCUGUCGAUCGACACGGUGGCGGCAGCCAAGGAGCCGGACGCUUGCGACGUGUUGACACCCAGUAUAGAGACAGAGAUGAGCCAGCCGUCAACCUUGGGAGAGUCGGAGGAUAUCGAAAUGUCCGAGACGAGCAGCGUGUUCUCGCUACAGGUGGAGCCGAACCGGGACUUUACACCUGGCGAUAUGGACCUGGACAUGAUUACGCCUACCAUGACACGAAAGGCGCCGUCGAGAUCACGCAGCGUGAGCAGACUCAUGUCUGAGGAACUGGUUGAUGCUACGACGGGGCGCAGGAGGGACACACCGAUCCCCGCCGACCUAUUGGGACAUUAA